UUCACCAGUUUUAUAAAUACAGUUUGUUUGUCCUUUGAGAUGCAGGAACGUAAAUAUAGUGAUUUAAUGCAGAAAAUCGAAUUGGAGGAGUUAAGUACAAGCAUCGAUGCGGAAUCCUAUGCGCAGCUGCUGGCAGCUUACCUUUAUCAGGAUAAACUAGCCGAUGCAAAAUUUUUAUGGAAACGAAUACCGCCAGCAUUAAAGAAGGACAACAACGAAUUGCAAAGGUUGAAUAUAGUCAUGUGCACGCUUAUAGUUAAUAAUUCUCACGAAUUUUUCAAACAAAUGGACUAUCCGUGGUCGAGUAAUAUCAAGCAAAUAAUGAACGAUCUUUUUGAGCGAGUGCGACGAGAUGUACUGUCUUUAGUAGGUCAAGCUUAUAUAUCCAUUUUCGAGCAAGAACUAAUGCAAAUGACUCAGUUAUCAAGAGAUGAAUUGAGGCAAAGAUGUCUGGCGCUGGACUGGAAAUUCGAAAAUGGAGACCAAAAAGCAGUCGUUAUUCCUAAAAAGCCUGAACCCACAGCAGAAUUUAAAGCUAGUUCUGAAGAUCUGCUUUUAAAAUUAACAGAUUUUGUUUCGUUCCUGGAAAAUUAAAUAUAUUUUAAUUGCAUUGAA